AUGAGUUUAUCUAGUGAAGCAAAAAAACGUCUUUGUGAAUCAUUACAACAACAGCAUCUAAAUCAAAAAUCGGCUGAAUAUAAUGAAGCAAAAAUAAUUCUCAAAGGUUUAACAGAUCUUGAUUAUAAACCUGGAUAUAAAGAACAUACAUAUUAUAAAUACUGGCUUAAAUCUAAUAGCUCUGACAAUAAAAAUGAUACUGCACUUUUAGAUGCAUACCAGCCCAAAGAGAUUUAUUCUCAGUAUAUAAUUCGAAUAAAAGAAAAGUUUGCAUUAGUCAAUCAUCCCUCUGAAGUUUAUAGAAUACCUGACACACAUGAAUGUAUUGAUGGAAAUCAGCCUCUUCGUUUGAUUAUUGAUAUUGAUGCAAGGCAAAAGCCUGAUCCAGAUAAUCCUGAACUUCCUUCUCUAGAUAGUGAAAAAAUUACUCAUGAAGAUUUGAUAUCUAGAAUUUUAGUCGCUUGUACAGAUGCAUUAAGCCUUAUUCCAGGAUGUAUACCUUUCUUAAAUUCUUUUGCAUUAGCAAGUUCAUUGAAUGCCAAUAAAUGCAGUUGGCAUAUUGUCUAUCCUUAUGCUCGAUUUAUAAUAGACUCAG